AUGCCAAGGCGGAAAAAGGAAGAUGAAUUGGCUCUCAGUGAGAGAGAGAAAAUUCCAAGAGGUGCGGCCAAUGCACGGGAACGAACCCGGAUGCGGGUCUUGAGUAAAGCAUUUGGUCGAUUGAAAUUGACCUUGCCGUGGGUGCCGCCAGACACAAAAUUGAGCAAACUUGACACCUUGAGGUUGGCCACUUCCUACAUUUCACACCUUCAACGACUCCUCUCGGAAGAAGAUGGCUCUGGAGACGAUUCACAAGCCUCUGACAUCAAAUCUCAUGUGGUUUGUUGGCCAUUUGGUCAUCUCAGGAAUGUCCAAAACGGCAAUGGAACCCAAGAAUCUCGGAAUGGACGCACCAGCAUUUCAGAGCAUCAUGGUCCUGUUCGGUCCCCAAAAUCUGAGGUGACCUCAUUAGACGAGUUGCACACUCAGUCAUUCCUCGAAGACUUCAGUCCACACCUACAUGGGCAACCGCCGCAGCCCUACUUUGAUCAGUAUUCUAUUCAUUAUGAGCAUUCGUCUCAUCCAGGUGAUUCCGAUCCUCAUCACAAUCCAGUACCAAGUUUUGAUAAUAUGACAAAUAUAUGAAUAUGAUUGGGCGAAUUCUUUUUGGUUAGCUUCCUUACUCCAUUCCAUUUGAGGCUUUGUUCUACAACUGUUAGACUCGGCUACUUUCGUUUUAAUAACUCAAUUAUUCGAUACAAGCAAGAAAAUAUACCAACCGGAUACCAUUGAAUAGCGAAUCUAAGAAAAAUUAACAUUUUAAGUGAAAUCCUCCAGAAAAACAUGUGGAUCUACUUUCUGUCUUUUGCGUUCAGUUCAAUGGGCGAUUGCUUCCUGUGGAGCCCACUCUGAACGUGCACGCCCUCGGCCAGCCUACUUGCCUCCUCCUGGCCUCCUCCUCUCGUGUGUGGCAGUGAAGCGGGCUUUAAGAUUCGGAAGAAUCGAGGCCAAAACAACAAAACGGAUGGUCGUACUCCACUCAAACCAGACCAGCUGAAAGUUUGCCUACUUUGGAAGGGGGAAAGAGAGUUCAAAGUUAUCCCUUGGCCCGCUCGCCCGUCAGUCCGGGCUUUGCUCAUCCCGGUUCAACAUGCCACAUGACGUGCUCGUAACUGAACCUCGGGACGAAGCUUCCCUGCUGAUUCAGCUUCACUCGGGCUGAGUGAAGCCUAACUGGUCUACCAGAUGAUUGCUGAUGCAAGCUCACGAGCACCCAACACAGGGCCAGAAAGCUUGUUGAAAAUAGAGACAGUACACAUGCAUUCACGGACAGUCCCGACGAGUGCCGUAGAGUUAAAAUCUGGAGGAUCAAGCAUGGACAGUAUUCGUAUCAAUAAAAAGUAGCCCACAAUAGGUUAAAUCUAGCAGUAAGUGAGUUAAAGGACCAAAAAUGAGGAUGCAAUUUAAUGCAGCAGUAGUUGACGAUGUGCUUGAACCAACUUAUUUUGAG